UCUCCGUGAAAUCUAAAAUCCUGACUGUUGUUUUGUAAACGUUUGCUUGCAGUGCCUGCCUGCCCGUCUCCUGUACAUUUCAAGAUGGCGGCGACAACACACGAAGAAAUUGAAGAAACAGUGAGGAAUCUGCAAGCUAAGAAGCAGAAGCUUGUCUCUGAGGUAUCUGAAGAGGAGAGAGUUGGCCUCGGAUCUGAGGGUCACUUUGAUACAGACAUUUAUGGAGGAGGAAAUAGAUAUGAUGGAGGAUACGUUACCUCCAUCGCUGCUAAUGAUGAAGCAGAUGAUGAUGAUGAUGUUACUGCAGUGUACCAGAAAAAGUCAAACUACACUGCUCCACUCAAUUUGCUGCACGAAACUGCCAAUGAUAAGGACUUUGACCCAAUGGCAGAGCACAGAAUCCCCAAAAUAGCAGAUCGGGAAGAUGAGUACAGAGCACGAAGACGUCAGAUGAUCAUCUCACCUGAGCGAUAUGAUCCUUUUGCUCAAGGAGGAAAAACACCGGACCCUUCACGAAUUGGACGGACAUAUCAAGAUGUGAUGGCAGAAAGAGCCCUUACAAAAGAGCAUGCUGGCUUGCGACAACAGAUGCAGGAAAAGGCAAAGGCUGGGGACCUUAAAGUGGUGAACGGGGCAGAGGCAGCACAGAAACAGCCUGCAAAACGGCGUCGUUGGGAUCAAGCUGGUGGUGGUGGGGACGAAACUCCAGCCAAAAAGAAGUCUUCUUGGGAUGCUGCAGAAGCGGGUACACCUUCUAACAGUCGCUGGGACGAAACUCCAGGACGAGCUAAAGGUGCGGAAACACCAGGUGCUACUCCCAGUACAAGAGCGUGGGAUGCAACCCCAGGUCAUGCCACACCUGGCGCGGUGACACCAGGGAGAGGAGAGGAGACCCCAGGACACAAAGGCACUCCCAGCGCCAGGAAGAACAGAUGGGAUGAAACUCCAAAAACAGAAAGAGAAACACCUGGACAUGGAAGUGGCUGGGCAGAAACCCCCAAGACAGAUCGUGGCGGUGACUUGAUAGAGAGCACACCAACCCCAGGGGCCAGCAAACGUCGGUCAAGGUGGGAUGAAACACCAGGGGCUGCCACCCCAUCUGCCAUGACACCGAGUAUGACACCCGGUGGGAUGACACCCAACAUGACUCCUGGCGGCAUGACACCUAACAUGACCCCUGGCGGCAUGACCCCGAGUAUGACCCCCAGUGGGGUCACCCCCACAGGGUCAAAGGCCAUGGGUAUGGCUACUCCAACACCAGGUCACCUGAUGUCGAUGACACCAGAACAGCUGCAGGCUUUCUCCUGGCAGAGAGAGAUUGAUGAGAGGAACAGACCCUUGUCAGAUGAUGAACUGGAGGGCAUGUUCCCCCAAGGCUACAAAGUUUUGCCCCCUCCAGCAGGCUAUGUCCCCAUCCGCACUCCAGCUCGUAAACUUUUAGCCACUCCUACACCAGUUGCUGGGACGCCCAUGGGAUUCCGUAUGCAGACCCCUGAUAACAAAAGCAGCAAGGAGAUGGUGGUAGACAUGCAGCCCAAAGGAAAUCUGCCUAUGAUGAAACCAGAUGACAUGCAGUACUUUGACAAAUUGCUGGUGGAUGUUGAUGAAGACACCCUGUCUCCAGAGGAGCAGAAGGAAAGGAAAAUCAUGAAGCUGUUGCUGAAGAUCAAGAACGGCACACCUCCAAUGAGAAAGGCUGCUUUACGUCAAAUCACAGACAAAGCCCGGGAGUUUGGAGCUGGUCCUUUGUUCAACCAGAUCCUUCCCCUUCUCAUGUCCCCUACACUCGAGGACCAAGAACGUCACUUGCUGGUGAAAGUCAUCGACAGAAUCCUGUACAAGCUGGAUGACUUAGUCAGACCAUAUGUACACAAGAUCCUUGUGGUCAUUGAACCCCUGCUCAUUGAUGAAGACUAUUAUGCCAGAGUGGAGGGCAGAGAAAUUAUUUCUAAUCUGGCAAAGGCCGCUGGUCUGGCCACCAUGAUCGCCACCAUGCGUCCUGACAUUGACAACAUGGACGAGUAUGUCCGUAACACAACGGCCCGUGCCUUCGCUGUGGUGGCCUCGGCCCUGGGAAUCCCCUCUCUGCUUCCCUUCCUGAAGGCUGUGUGCAAGAGCAAGAAGUCUUGGCAGGCCAGGCAUACUGGUAUCAAAAUCGUGCAACAGAUUUCCAUCUUGAUGGGUUGUGCAAUCCUUCCUCAUUUGAAGAGCUUGGUGGAAAUCAUUGAACAUGGCUUGGUUGAUGAACAACAGAAGGUACGAACCAUCACUGCCCUGGCUCUCGCCGCCUUGGCUGAGGCUGCUACUCCGUACGGCAUCGAGUCCUUUGACAGUGUCCUCAAGCCCCUCUGGAAGGGUAUCAGGCAGCACAGAGGAAAGGGCUUGGCUGCUUUCUUGAAAGCCAUUGGUUAUUUGAUUCCUCUCAUGGAUGCUGAGUACGCUAACUACUACACCAGGGAAGUGAUGUUGAUCCUUAUUCGAGAGUUCCAGUCUCCUGAUGAGGAAAUGAAGAAAAUUGUGCUGAAGGUCGUGAAGCAGUGUUGUGCAACAGAUGGUGUGGAGUCACAGUACAUCAAGGAUGAGAUUUUGCCCCCAUUCUUCAAGAAUUUCUGGAACCAGAGAAUGGCUUUGGACAGAAGAAAUUACAGACAGCUGGUGGACACCACUGUUGAGAUUGCGAACAAGGUGGGGGCUGCUGAGAUCAUCGGCCGAGUGGUGGACGACCUGAAGGAUGAGACUGAGCAGUACCGUAAGAUGGUGAUGGAGACCAUUGAGAAGAUCAUGUCCAACCUGGGCGCAGCCGACAUCGACUCCCGUCUGGAGGAGCAGCUGAUUGACGGCAUCCUGUAUGCCUUCCAGGAGCAGACCACAGAUGAUGUGGUGAUGCUGAACGGCUUUGGCACUGUGGUCAACGCUCUGAGCAAGAGAGUGAAGCCUUACCUGGCCCAGAUGUGCGGUACCAUCCUGUGGCGUCUCAACAACAAGUCUGCCAAGGUCCGGCAGCAGGCAGCAGAUCUCAUCUCUCGUAUCGCCAUUGUCAUGAAGACUUCACAAGAGGAAAAGCUGAUGGGUCAUUUGGGUGUGGUACUGUAUGAGUACCUGGGAGAGGAGUACCCAGAGGUGUUGGGUUCGAUCCUUGGUGCGCUCAAGUCCAUUGUCAACGUUAUUGGUAUGACGAAAAUGACUCCACCUAUCAAGGAUUUGCUUCCCAGACUUACCCCCAUCCUGAAAAACAGACAUGAAAAAGUGCAAGAGAACUGCAUUGAUCUGGUGGGUCGUAUUGCUGACCGUGGUCCUGAGUUUGUGGGAGCCAGAGAGUGGAUGAGGAUCUGCUUCGAGCUCCUGGAGCUGCUGAAGGCACACAAGAAGGCAAUUCGCAGAGCCACUGUCAACACUUUUGGUUACAUUGCCAAAGCUAUCGGCCCCCACGAUGUGUUGGCCACGCUGUUGAACAACUUGAAGGUCCAGGAGCGACAGAACCGAGUGUGUACCACAGUGGCCAUUGCCAUCGUGGCAGAGACCUGCUCUCCCUUCACCGUCCUGCCCGCCCUCAUGAACGAGUACAGAGUGCCCGAGCUGAAUGUGCAGAACGGCGUGCUCAAAUCGCUCUCAUUCAUGUUUGAGUACAUCGGGGAAAUGGGCAAAGACUACAUCUACCCUGUGGCACCAUUGUUGGAGGAUGCUCUUAUGGACAGAGAUCUGGUGCACCGACAGACAGCGAUGGCAGCAAUCCAGCACAUGGCCCUGGGUGUGAGUGGCUUUGGUUGCGAGGAUGCCCUGGUGCAUCUGCUCAACUAUGUGUGGCCCAACAUUUUUGAGAACUCGCCCCACGUGGUGCAGGCCUUCAUGGGAGCUGUGGAAGGACUCAGAGUCGCUGUCGGGCCUUCCAAAAUUUUCCAGUACACUCUCCAGGGUCUGUUCCACCCAGCCAGAAAAGUCCGGGACGUGUACUGGAAGGUGUACAACACAGUGUACAUCGGCGCCCAGGACGGCAUGAUCCCGUCCUACCCCCGCAUCCCCAACGACGCAAAGAACCAAUACCUGCGCUACGAGCUCGACUAUGUCCUUUAGCCCAAUGUUUGGAAAGGGAUCAGGGAGGGGGUCAUCUUGUACAUACAUAAGCUCUUUUAUACUGCUCUACUCAAGCAAACUCUGUAUGGUGUCUCGGACCUGUGUUGAAAGUGCCACCCUACUUGUGUUUUAUUUGAGAAAAACUAUGAAGUUGACUGUUUGUGUAAACUCAUCCACCAUAUGACCGUAUACAGUUGCGAACAUCAUUGAACUUUUACCAGACCCUUCUAUGUAGAGAAAGUUAUGGAAAAAAAAGGAUUUUUUUUCUUCUAUUGAUGCAGACCACUCUCUUACCAAUAUUUCCUGAGGUUUUUUUUUCCCCCAGUAGCUAGAGAGUAGGACAAUUUGAACAGCUCCCAAAUGUUAUCUUGCCGUCAUCAGUCCAUGAUUUAAACGAUUACCACUGCAAUUUGAUGUCUGAACAUGUUUUCUUUCAGAUCACUGUUACCACUUUAUGCUUGUAGUUUUUUGCUUUUCUGGGAAAAAUGUGCUUACGAUGUCUACCUUCAGUUUCUGUAGUGUAAGAUUUAAAAGUUCAAGUUUUGAUUCUUUCUGUGCUCUUGUUUUGCUUGUUUGUGUGUUGUUUCUUUUUGUGAUAUACUUCCUGUGCUGUCACGUCUCAGGUUUUUUCCUUGGUACUCAUAACUUGUCCCAAUAGCAAGAUCUCCUGUGGUCGUGUGGUGUGUUUAUUUGUUUUUAAGUUUGAUGGGUACUCUUCUUUGUUUUUUCCUAUAUUUUCCCCCUGUGUCUUGUUUCUCGGUAGCCCUUGACCUCAACACACCGGCUGUGUCUGAUCAUGCACCUGCACAUGACCUAUUUCCUAGGUCUUGCUUUGUCCUACUCUGUAGACCUCCUAAUGUCUGCUAGCUGUUCAGAUGUAGCCUACUAACCCCAAAGUUUUAAUCUAAAAAAUUUGUUAUGGCUGUUUCUUAACCUGCGGUAUUGGUUGCGUAUAUAUAGCUGUGUAAUACUUGGUUGAAAUUCAUUUUCUAAAUGUUGGAAAAAAAGCUAGAAAACAUACAUAAUGUAGAUACAAUUUGUAAAAACAGGUUUUUUUUACUCCUGAAAAAUGUUGUUUCUUGGCUUAGAACGUUUGAAUAUCUUGUCAACAAUUUGUUACAGGUGAACUGUAAGGCCACAUACUUACGUCCAAGAUAGCGGCUCUCACUCUCAUCUUCAUGCCUCCAUUCAAUCUGUCUGACAUUCUAGCAUUUUCUCCAAGUCAUACUUUUAGCAUCAGCAUGGGUGCAGGUACAAUUUUCUCUCUCACGUUGCAGACCAGCACAAAUGAUUACAUAAUGUUUUGUUAAGCAGUAAUCUGGAUGUACUGAGAUGUGCUAGUAUGCUCACUUCUCCAAGUUUUCAUGAGUGUGGUUCCCAGAUUGCGCUACCACAUUCCCUUGUAGGAUUAGGUCUGAUUCACCUUUGAUUGAAGUUCAGUUAUAUUCAACUGUAGCAUGUUGCUCUUUGAAAGAUUAAGGAUGGUAAAUGAGAGUCAAAGAGUCCGCCUUAUAAUCUUACAUUUUCUCAACUGCAAAUCAUUUUGAAGAAAAAGAUUUGUGUGUUUUGAAGAAAAAGAUUCGUGUGUGAAACUGUUGGAUGUGGUAGAUUUUCAUGUAAUUUUGAGGUACAGUCUUUAAGUCAUAUAUGUGUCUAAUAUUUCAUUGCCAAGUUUUUGGGCUCACUUUUAUCAUGCUAUUUCUUGGGUCCCUGGAAACGGUUACUUUGGGUGUUCAUUUACAACUUCCAUAAUAUGGUUAUUGAUUUAUGCAGGUUGUUCUGUGUUCUCUUUGAUUAAAGCAGUGGUGAAAACUGA